AUGAGUAAUAAUCAAACGCGAGCUUCACGUCAUGCAUCUGGAAUUUUACCUUCCAAGCAAUUUUUUGCUCCAAGAAAACCCAUUUCACAACAAGCUUCAACUAGACGUAAACCUGUUGUUUUUUCUAAUUCUCAAAUUAAAACUUCACUGUCAACAACAACACCAUCUACUUCUACAAUAGAAAAUCCAACAUCACAUGAUCAAGCAUUUAACCCAAUAUAUGAUAGUGAUAAUGAUUUACAAAAUAACAGCAACAACAUAACAAUUGAUUCAAUAAUACUUGAACAACCACCAAUUUCUUCACAGGAUCCUUCAUAUUCUAUAAUAUUAGAACAAUCAACAUCAACAUCAUCAUACAGAGAUCUUAUUCUUCCAGGAUCUGGUGCAUUACCUAAUUCCAGAGAUUUAAAUAUGAAUAUCAAUAAUAAUAACAAUAUAUUUACAAUAAUUUGGCCUGGUAGAAAUAGAUUUUUCUUGGGUGGUAGAAUAAUGACAAGUAGAGAUUCUUUUGCCUUUUUGGUGGCAUUUUCAGCUUUAGUCAUACCAUCUGGACUUUUUAUGAUAUUUACAUGUCCUUUUUUAUUUUAUAAUGUUUCACCAGCAACAGUUUUUGUAUUCGUUUAUUUAUUUUUAUUAGCUCUAACAAGCAUGUUAAAAACUUCGUGGUCUGAUCCUGGCAUUAUUCCACAGAUUAAGGUUAAUGGACAAAUUAUUAGGUUGAAAUAUUGUGAAACUUGUAAGAUUUAUAGACCACCAAGAUGUAGUCAUUGUCGACAAUGUGAUAAUUGUGUUGAAAACGAAGAUCAUCACUGUAUUUGGUUAAAUAAUUGUAUAGGUCAAAGAAAUUAUAGAACCUUUUUUACAUUUAUUGCUACAUCAACUUUACUAUGUGGAUUUUUCUUAAUGUGGACUGUUGGCGGAUUAACAUGCUAUCAUGGUUAUUUAAUUAGUCAAAAUUUAACUACACACGAACAGAUUCGUGUUCCUAUGGCUAGAAGAAAUGGUAAAAGAAAUCCAUUUGGAUAUGGAAAUAUUUAUAUGAAUUGUCUUUGGGUACUUUGUAGACCUCUAACUCGAAGUUCGGUGAGCAGAAGAGCAUAUGUUGAAGAAGAAAAUUUAAAUCUAGAGGGUUUAAAUAAGGAUAAUAAUGGUGAUGUUGAUGAAACUCAAGUUAAAGUUACCCAAGAAACCCAAGUUACUAUAACGCAUGAAACACAAAUAAUAGUCGAAGAAAAUGAUAAUGACUAUGGUGACGAUGGAGAAGAAUCAAAUAAAAUUACUAAUGUAAAAAGUAAUAACGAUAGUAAUAAUGACAAUAUUAUUGAUAUUAAUAUUAAUGACAACGGGGGCAGUGGCAAUGGCGAAAUGGCGAAAUAA